UAAACCAAUUUAACACCUUUAUCCGGAGAUCAAUCAUAGGAUCUCAGAAAAUAGUGUGUGCUUUUUGCCGCUAAAUCAUCCAGCUCCAUGCGGUCCAACCUUUGCUGGAUGCUGUGAGUAUACCGUUUGUGCGUAUGUGUGAUCUUUCGGUGCCUUUGAAAGCCCUUGCCUGUCAAACGAAUUCCAGCUCCCCACGCGGUCGUUCCAGGACUUGAAUUGGAGAAAAUAAUACGCGUUGCUGCCUGCGGUACGGGUCUCAUUCGGUGGCCACUGGAAGCAGUCUUCGUGCGACUACGAAAGUGAAAGGUUCGGAAAGAUACUACAACAGCGCAAUAAUGGCUAGUGGAAAGAUUGCUCUUCUGAGUGUGUCGGACAAAUCCGGCCUGCUGGAGUUUGCGAAGAACCUGAACGCACUCGGGCUGAAGCUGGUGGCAAGUGGCGGAACGGCAAAAGCGAUCCGCGAUCAGGGACUGCCGGUGCGUGAUGUGUCGGACGUAACCGGAGCACCGGAGAUGCUCGGGGGGCGCGUGAAAACUCUCCACCCAGCCGUCCAUGCCGCGAUCCUGGCCCGCUCGAUCGAGUCGGAUCAGCGUGACAUCCGGCAGCAAAACUACGAGCUUGCACAGAUCGUCGUGUGCAACCUGUACCCGUUCGGGUUGACCAUUUCCAAGCCGGACGUGACGAUGGCGGACGCGGUCGAGAACAUCGACAUCGGUGGCGUUACGUUGUUGCGUGCGGCCGCCAAGAAUCACCAGCGUGUGACGGUGCUGUGCGACCCGAAGGACUACCCGAAGGUGGUGGAGGAGAUCCGGAAGCACGGUGAUACGACGGAAGAAACCCGCCAGCUGCUAGCCCUCAAGGCGUUUACGCAUACGGCCGAGUACGAUGCGAUCAUUUCGGACUACUUCCGCAAGCAGUACUCGGGCGGUGUUUCCCAGCUGAAUCUGCGCUACGGCAUGAACCCGCAUCAGAAACCGGCCCAGAUCUUCACCCUGCUCGAGCGUCUGCCGCUGAAGGUGGUCAACGCUUCGCCUGGCUUUAUCAAUCUGUGCGAUGCGCUUAACGGUUGGCAGCUGGUGCGGGAGUUGAAGCGAGCGCUCGGUUUGCCGGCAGCGACCAGCUUCAAGCACGUGUCUCCUGCGGGAGCUGCCGUUGGAGUCCCGCUGUCUCCGGAGCAGGCCCGCCUGUGCAUGGUGGACGAUAUGGUGGACGAAUUGACUCCACUGGCGACUGCGUACGCACGUGCUCGUGGUGCUGACCGGAUGUCAUCGUUCGGUGACUUUGUGGCCCUCUCGGAUACGUGUGACCUCGCCACGGCCCGCAUCAUUUCGCGCGAAGUAUCCGAUGGCAUUAUUGCGCCCGGCUACACGGACGAAGCGCUCGAGUUGCUGCGGAAGAAGAAAAACGGCGCCUACUGCGUGCUGCAGAUCGAUCCCACCUACGAACCCGGCCCGAUCGAACGUAAGACCCUGUUCGGGCUGCAGCUGGAGCAGCGCCGUAACGAUGCCGACAUCAACAAGGCACUGUUUACGAACGUUGUGACGAAGAACAGAACGCUGCCGGAGGGAGCACUGCGUGAUCUGAUCGUAGCGACAAUCGCGCUCAAGUACACCCAGAGCAACUCCGUCUGCUACGCCAAGGACGGGCAGGUGGUUGGCAUCGGUGCCGGUCAGCAGUCGCGCAUUCACUGUACGCGUCUGGCCGGUGACAAGGCCGACAAUUGGUGGCUGCGGCAGCACCCGCGCGUGGCCAGCAUGCAGUUCCGGAAGGGUGUCAAGCGGGCGGAAAUCUCGAACGCCAUCGACAACUACGUGAACGGGACGGUCGGUAAGGACAUGCCGGUGGCGCAGUUCGAGGCCAUGCUGGAGAAGGUGCCGGCGACGCUGACGGCGGCGGACAAGGAGCAGUGGGCCCGCGAGCUGACCGGUGUUUCGCUCGGUUCGGACGCAUUCUUCCCGUUCCGGGACAAUGUGGACCGGGCACGGCUGAGCGGAGUGUCGUACAUCGCCAGUCCGGCCGGGUCAACGAAUGAUGCCGGUGUGAUUGAGGCGUGUAACGAGCACGGUAUCGUGAUGGUUCACACUAACUUGCGACUAUUCCAUCAUUAGUUAGGAUUAUGGUUACGAUUCAUACAGAUCAUCUAGAGUAGAUCUCACGGAAGGUCGUUGGAAAUGUAUACUGAGUGAACAUUCAAUAAAUAUUGUUUU